AUGGCCAGCUUCGCCAGAUCAAUCAAGUCCCCUUACCUCUCGCCGCGCAUGCGACCUUCAAUGUCGGGACGCACCAUGUCUGCAAACUCUGACCGCUCAAACAAUAACUCUCCCAACAGUCCCCGAUCUGAUGAUAUUGGUGAUUUUGAUCUUUCUGGACGGAACACUCCAACAAUUCACCAUCACUCGAGGCCAAGUCGGGGACGAGACGGGUUUUUUGAUGGCGAAGACAUUUCUCGGACUUCCUAUUUUACUGAUGACACUGAGCGACCUUGUGGCACUCCAUCCGCUCCCUCAACACCUCGCAGCCGUAGUCACGCUCGGCCGAUAGCUAUUGAUCUACCUCAACUCAAACGCUUCACUUCGGCUCCUGCUCGCACACCUCCUGAGCCUCUAUCUGCUCGAGGUGACCUGCCUGGAGGAUACUUUCCCCUCCACGAAGAUCCUACCAGUCGUGUGCACCGUCCACACCCAUUCCAGCAUCACCCAGACGCCCGUAUGAGCCGUCUCAUCUCGGAAUCAGGACCAAUCUACGCGGAUCGUCCUACCUCACACCCUGCUCAAAGUGCACUCAUGUCUCAAUCAAAUACACCCGUUGCUUCAUACCUUGCCCCAGGCUUCCACGACAAUCCACUUCCCAUGGGAAAAUACUAUCCGUCAAACUAUGAGAGCAGAAAUGGCAAUCAGAGCAAUAUACGACCUCCCUUAAAUGGGACUAUGUCAUCCAAUAUUGGGCCUGAUUCCCAGGCAGUCCCUCGCACGAAUAGCCAGUCAAAUCCAGAGACAGAGCUUCGUCGCAAGCUGCAACAGUAUCAACGCGACAUGAUUGCACAAGCAAGUAUGGCUGCCAACGAACUUCUCAGCACUUCGGCCAAGUCGGGCGACAAACCCGGCAUAUCACUCAACUCCCUGCCACUCCGUGAUUCGCGCUUCACUACUCUCGGAUCUCACAAACCCAUAUCGCCUAGGCUUCUUCCCUUGGGAAGUCCCGGUCCUGUCACUCCAAUGGAUCUUGAGUCCAUGAGCGGUGGCGAUUACUUAGGCAGCCACUUUCAGCGGGGAGACCACGUGACAUGGCGUCGUGUUGGCUUUACUUCAACUCAUUCUCCUGUUUCUACGCGUCAACAUAUCUAG